UGUCAAUGUCUCUUGCCACCAUCCGCCAAGCUGCUUGAUUAUAGACCUGUAUAUAUAAGCUCAUCUGCCUGCUGAGUAAUCUAGAUUGUUACAAGACCGAUCCAUCCAUACUAUAAUGAGUUUUGUCAAAACAAUGGUCGAUUCUGCUCAACGGCGCGGCAAGGGGUCGAAAAAUGAACUUCCCACCUCAUCUAGCGAAAUAGAGCCGAUGGAGGAUUCAACGCAAAUAGUAUGCGCACUCCGAGAUCCAGAGCUCACAAAGAAUACAGACUAUGUCAAAGCCGUGCUUGGAUCAUAUAUAAAGGUGAAGAAAUCCCAUGGGAGACCUGUAGAGGCCAUUUCAAAGAAGCUGGAGCCGUUGGAAGAAGAAUAUCCCCGCUUAGCGGAUUCCUUUAUAGCCAUCCGAAAAGAGCACGGCCUCCCAUCUUCCAACAUUCUAGAACCACCCGCCAAAGUCAAGCUGUCUGAGCGGGUAGCCGAAAGGAGGCAUCUUCAUCGUAAAGGAGCAGGAGCAGAGCAGGGGAAGGUCUGAAUCUCAAGACCCAGGGCUGAAGCUGGCCUAACACUCAGCAGCCAGAGGCAGGGCUGCAGAAGGCCUACCGGACCAAACAUGAUGUCUCAUAUCAUUGAAAAGUCCAUAGUCCUCUGAAACUACUGCUGUCAGCGACAGGAGAUGUACAUAUGUAUAGCUAUAAACGCCCCAAGAGCAGCCCUCGAGAUGAUUAGCGUUGCUUUAGCUGCCCAUGCACAUCCUCCAAGCUGAUGCAUGC